AUGAAUACCACAGAAAGAGAACUCCAACCUGGCUUCAGGAGGAGCCAUAUGACAUCUAUAAAAGGACCCAGGACUUUAAACGUUGUAACAUUUAAUCCAACAACAAUUAGCCCAGGUGAAAAGCUGUAUAUUAACAUUCCUAAAUUAAAGCCUGACUCUUGUUUAGUUCCAGGAUCACUUGCACUAUUAUUUGACUUCAAAAAUUCCAAUACAAAAAGCCACUUUAAUAAUAACCUGUCUAAGUUGAUAGCUAAACGUCUUCAGAUCAAAGUAGCAGGUGAAACAGCUUAUGACUGUUCGGGAGAGAGUUUGUACGAAAUAUACAAAGAUCUAUGGCUAACACUAGGUGAUAGGAAUAAGAUGACCGAACAGGGCCUUGGAAGUGAAAAUCUCAGGAAGUUAAUCUCAGGUGACGACACAGGAGUAAAAGUUGGUGAUGCCAAUAAAAUAGCGGAUGGACUUCUUCACAGUGUGUACGGAUCUAGGCUAACAAAAACCAAUUGA